CACCAAUAUUUUCGUAUAAUGCAUUCGCCAGUGUUACAAUGCUUGGACGGAUCAUUCAGCCGGAAUGAGAGCCUCGGGUACGUGACCAUAUUAUCAUUCGCUUUGGUACGCUAUAUUUGCUCUCAUAUCAUGGACUUUUCCCGUCAUCCGGCCCUCGCUACUCCGUACAAAACCCCCCCUUUGCUGCCCACGUUGCGAGGUCCAUGAUCCAUAUCCAUCUGGACUCUUGGAACCGGAUCCUUCGACGACUCGUUUGCCUGUUCCCUGUGCAACUUCCCACCCCCGGAUUUCAGCAUCCUGCACCGUUUCAGCACCCAGCACGAUUUGGAGCUUGAUCGAUAAACUGUAAUAAUCAUGGUGCCGCCCCUGUCAACAGCCCUCAAGCUCGCGCUGAGCGCCGUCCUUUUGGCGGCCACGCCCAUCGCGGCUCAGGAUUCGCCGGUCACUCGAGUCUGGGAGGGGAAGGAAUAUGCCUGCAAGUGCUAUCCCGGCGACGAAUGCUGGCCGCAGCAAAAUGCUUGGGGCAGCCUCAACGACACCGUCGACGGGAACCUGCACGUCCACAUCCCCCCCGAAGCCGCCUGCCACAACACCUUCGAGGGGCCUCUGGGCACGGUCGAGACGUACGACGCACAGGAGUGUCAGCAUGUGAUGCAGAAUUAUGCGGAUGAAGAAUGGUCCACCGGGCAGCAAGCUCUUCUUCUGUGGAAGUAUUUCACCAACCACACCUGCACGCCGACGAACAACCCGAACGAGCCCUGCACGCUUGGCUACUACGGCGUCUACGUGAUCGAGGCCCAGACCACAGACCACAUCAAGGCCAGCAUCGACUUUGCGCGCGAGAACAACCUCCGCCUCGUGAUCCGCAACACGGGCCACGACUUCAUCGGCCGCAGCACCGGCUGGGGCGCCCUCAUCAUCAACACCUUCGGCUUCAAGGACGUCCAGUUCAUCGACGCGUGGACCGGCGCCGGCGACUACGACGGCGGCGCCGUCAGGGUAGGCGCCGGCAUCCAAGGGCGUGACCUCCUGCGCCAGGCCUUCGCCCACAACGUCGCCGUCGUCACGGGCGAGUGUCCCACCGUCGGCAUCGCGGGAGGGCUCGUGGGCGGCGGCGGCCACGGCCCGCUCACCACGCUGCACGGCAUGGUGGCCGACAACGCGCUCGAGUUCGACGCCAUCACGGCCGAGGGGGAGUUCGUCACCGCCAACGCCGACGAGAACGCCGACCUCUUCUACGCCCUCAAGGGCGGCGGCCCGUCUACCUACGCCGUGGUCACCUCCGCCACCUUCCGGACCUACCCGGAGGAGAUGGCGUCCGGCGGCGAGCUGUACAUCAACGCCACCGUCCCGGGAACGACGGAGGACCAGGUGUGGGAGGGCGUGCGUAUCUUCCACAGCUACGCCAACCACCUCGUCGACCACGGACUGUACGUCUACUACGAGGUGGCGCCCUUCACGCUGCGCAUCCGGCCCUACGUGGCCAUCGGCAAGACGCGCGAAGAGCUGGACGCCAUUGUCGCGCCCAUCCUGGCCGACUUGACCGCCGCCGGCGUGCCCUUUACGGCCACGAGCAAGCAGUUCGCCUCCUUCUUCGAGCUGUACAUGGAUCUGUUCGAGGACGAGGGCGCCGGGGCUUUCGCGCUGACGGGCGGCUGGGCCUUCACGCACGACGACGUGGCGGCGCGCAACGACGACAUUGUCGAUGCCUUCAAGCUUGUCGUCAGCCCCCGCGAGGACUUGGCGUACACGGGCGUCGUGAUCGGCCACUUGUUCAACCCGGGGUACGGAUGGCCUUCUGCUGCCGACAGCGCGACGCACCCCAAGUGGCGCAACAGCACCGAUUUCGUCAUCAGCAUCGUCCCUGUGCCGGUUGACGCCAGUCUGGAGAAGAAGGCUGAGCUUCAGGAUCUCCUGACCAAUACUGUCGAUGCUGCGUUGAGGGAGGCUGGCCCGGAGGGGUUCACGUAUAUCAACGAGGCCGAUCCCUACCAGCCAAACUGGCAGGAGGCCUUCUGGGGCGACGUGUAUGAGAGGUUGGUCUGCAUUCGUCGGAAGUGGGAUCCCAACGGUGUCUUCUACUCCAUCGCCACACCUGGCACCGAGGAUUGGGAGGUGAUCGAGUACGGCACCCGUCUGUGCAAGGCCGUGUAACUGUAAAUUUGUAGUCUCAAAGCUGCUAUUGUGAGACCAGGGUUGCUCUCUGCGAAGAUUGGCUUUUUUUUCGCUUCACCUUCUCUUUCUAGGUUUCUUCCUUUGAUAUCGAAUACCAUCGUUACGCAUCCGGAGUGUCAUUCCCCAUCUUCCGAUGCGUUAUCCCCUCCGGCAGCUCAUCCUUCUUCUUCUUCUCCUCCUCCUUCGGCUUCUUCUUCUUUAUCUUUAACUUCCUUAUCUUCUUCUUCGGUUUCUUCUUCUCCUCCUCCUCCGGCUCUACCACCACUACCUCCUCUACUACCUCCACCUCCUCUACCUCCUCCUCCUCCCCCUUCUUCUUCUUCUCUACCACCUCC